AUGAAUAAUACACUGGAAAGUGUCAUGACCAAACUGUUGGUGCAACAAAAUGAGGCCGCAUCGCGUCAGCAGAGUCUGAUCGAAUCACUUGCUAGUAUGAUACGGACAUCAUCGUUGGCAGACACUUCACAGACAGUUCCCAGUACGGGGCAGGAACAAUUGAUGGAUGUAUUGUCCAAAAGUAUCAAUGAGUUUUGUCAUGAUCCAGAUUCGGAAUUGUAUUUUUCAAACUGGUACAGCCGUCACGAAGCACUUUUCUUAGAAGACGCCAAAUCACUUGGCGACGCAUCGAAGGUUCGGCUAAUUCUACGAAAAUUGAACCAGCAAGUGUACGGAAAAUAUGCAGAUUUUUUAUUACCUAGGAAACCACAUGAUCUCAAAUUCAAUGAGACACUUACUACACUUUCCACAUUGUUUGAUCGACAAGAGUCGCUUUUCAACGUACGAUAUAAUUGUCUUAAAAAUGUGAAGGAUGAAAAUGAGGACUUCAUUACGUAUGCCGGUAGAGUGAAUAAGUUAUGUGAACGUUUCCAGAGUAAUCAAAUGACCUCGCAACAAUUUAAAUGUCUUAUGUUUAUAGUUGGAUUACAAUCACAUGAUUACAUGGAGGUUCGUAGUAAACUUAUAUCCAUGCUGGAUAGGACCACUGACAUUACGUUAGAGGGAUUGACUACCGAAGUGCAACGUAUGAUGGUACUUAAAAACGACGUAAAUCUGGUGGAGACACAUACACCACAGGUUAAUGCUGUAUCUUACAGGAAAUUUAAGGAUCAACAAACCAGAAACAACGUACGCACUAAAGACGUUUCUGGUGAAGAUAAUAAUGAUGGCCCAACACGUCCUUGCUGGCAAUGUGGAUCAAUGCAUUAUGUCAAAGAUUGUUCCUAUACACAACACGAAUGCACAGAAUGCGGUUAG